AUGACACCAUACGAUGACUGGAAUCGGGUGGACGAAGAUGAAGAAGACGAACGACAGGAUGUUGCAUUCUUCGACGCCAACAAGGACCUGAUGCUGUUGUGCAUCGACUACGAGACCAAGAUGACAAGUCAUCUGUAUGCUGCGCUAAACAGUGCAAUAAAUCUUCAGAAGCGCAAAGUUGUUACAGGCCCGAGUGAUUCAUUUGGCGUCUUGUUGUUUAACACGACUCGAAAUCCAGAUACACCGCGUACGCAAGGCUCUGAAAUAAAAAAGAACAUGUUUCUGUAUCAACCUAUUGGUCCCAUCUCUGUGCCAACAAUUCAAGAAUUGAUCCAGCUUCUCAACGAAACAAUUCCCCCCUGCGAUUCUCGUGUCGCUAUGGGGGAUGUUUUCACCAGCUGCAAUUGGGUAAUUCGUGACGGUGCCCCCAAAACGGUCACAAAACGCGUCUUUUUGAUCACUGACGAAGACGAUCCUCACCCUUCAUCCAAGCAGCUGAAAAUCUCUGCACAAAUGACUCUUGAGUUCUAUUCUUCUGUGUUGCAAACAAAUGCAUUUACUGAUGAUCUCGACUCAGACCCCUCCAUCCUCAACCAGUCCAUAUCCAUAUCCACAAUCGAAGACCUUCUUUCUCAAAUUUUCCGUCAAUAUUCUGAUUAUUGUCGAAAUUACGGCCUUGUGACGGAACAGAAAAAAGGGGAAUACAAAUAUUUCGUGGACUUGGGAGACCGAUUGGAGGCGACAACAGUCAAAACAGGACAACUCGACCCGACGAAGAUCCGGAACUCGAAGUCGAUAAAUCCAAUGGCAGUAGUUGGAGCCGCUCCAAGCAAUGACAACGAUGCCAAAGACGAUAGUAUGGCAGCAACUGAGGUCAUAAAAUCUGGCCAACGGCCGUUUUACACUGCAGAUGAGAUGAGAUCCUUCCGUACAUUCGGGUUGAAACCUGGCUUGAAACUCUUGGGUUUUAAACCACGUGACACGAUCAAUGCUCUCUUAAAAUCAAUGAUCAAGAAGAAGGUGGUAGGUCUAGCGAGAGAAGUUUUACGACGAAAUCCUACCCCAACAAUCUACGCAGUACUUCCUCAGGAAGAAGAUGUAGAUGAGAUGGAGCCCGCUGGAUUCCAUAUCAUUCGCUUACCCUUUGCAGACGACAUUCGCUCUGCACCUGUAGAUGAAGGCUACAUUGCUUCGGAUGAAUUGAAGGACAAGGCUCGGGCUUGGAUAAACAAGACGACAAUCAAAUCUGGUUAUGUACCAGAUUCCUAUCCCAAUCCCGUGCAUCGUGAAGAGUUUAACCCAGAUGCUUUUGAAGAUUUAACUGAACCGAAUGUUGACCUUAUCCACGCUAAAGCGGGGAAACUCUUGAAAGAAUGGAAAGUUGAACUGGCUAAUGACCAUAGCGCGACUUUGGUCGUUCCCGUUACUGGUUCAAAACGAAAAUCAGAAGACACAUCUAACGACGGUAUUGACGUGGCGGAGAUCAAGACCAGGUUUGAAACGGGCUCACUAAUGAAGGCAUUCUGUCGAAGCCAAAAUCUUUCGACGUCAGGGAAAAAGCCGAUUUGAUCCUGCGGGUCGAGGAUUGGUGCAAUUCACAUUGAUGGGGUGUACACCUGGAAAGGAAUUGUACACGAUCGUCAUAAGUAUGUUGCGUACCAGAUACUGUCGACGGUGUGGGUGCGGAUCGAUACGAUAUACGACGAGUGGCUAGUACAUAAGGGUAGGUAGCUAAGUCAUGUAUCCUCAAUAUAGUAAGCAAAGGAUAUAGAAGGAAA